AACACAGUUAUGAUAGCGGGGAAUUUUCAAAAAAAAGUUGUCGUCAUACUCAUUUUUUUUUGUGUAACCAUAUUUUACAAUGAUUCUGUAGAUUUUUAGUUAAAAUGGAUAAGACUGCCGUGUUCAAAGCGUACGUUAAGACUAUCAAAACGAGAAACCGAGCUUUUGGGUCCCCAGCACCGCCACAGGUGGAUAUCCUGAAGCAGCGUAAGCCGCGUAGAGACGAAUUUUCUCGUAGGGCCAAAGAUAUUGUCAACGAUCUAGUCAAGCUGACAGACUUCUUGAACCGUCACUUUAAGGACUAUAUUGAUGUCCAGGCGUUCAAUCAGCAAACUACGUUAACAGAUGCAGACCGUGACAAAAUCGACAUUGGCGCACAACACAUUAUCAAAACAUGCAGUCAACAGUUAAUCCUCCUAAAAAAGAGUUUGACCGGUGAUUGCAGUCAAAUCGAUGAUCAUAGACGGCAGAUUAUACGCUAUGUUGAAUGGCGGCAAAAAUCUGUCACCAAAUUGUUUGCAGAGAUUAAAGCAACACGAGCGCAAAGGUGUCUAGAGUAUGAGAACGUUUCAAAGUUGAGCAACUUGACUCACGGUUUUGAACCCGCGAAAGAAACCAAUAAUGUAGCUGUUGUAGAUUAUGAAGCAGCUGACCGACAAUAUGCUGCUCAACAAGAUGACGAAUUAUCACCAGAAGAAUUGCAAAUGUUUGAAGCUGAAAAUAUAGAAAUGUACAACGAAUUAAAUCAGUUAUCAAAUGAAGUAAGAAAUAUAGAGUCCAAGGCUGUACGAAUUGCUGAAUUGCAAGAGUUGUUUACAGAAAAAAUAUUGGAACAAGAUCAGGAUCUCGAGAGAAUUGACACAAUUGCAGUGAAUACCACCGAAAACAUUGUUGAUGCCAAUACUGAAAUAAGAUCAGCUAUACAAACUAACGCUGGUCUUAGAGUGUACAUAUUAUUUUUUAUAUUAGUACUUUCAUUUACCUUACUAUUUUUAGAUUGGUAUAAUGAUUAAAUGUGAUGAACUAUGAUACCAAAACCACAAAUCACUAAUAUAUCUAUCAAAAUUGGUAUUGUAGAACAAGUGAUUAUUUGUUUUGGAUAAGGUGAACUUAUUGUGAUGAUUUUAUGUACCUUUGGUUAAUAAUUUAUUAAGUUUAAUAUUAUUUAUUUAUUAACUGCUGUUUUAAUUUCACUUGAAAUGUUGAAACAUUUAUGAUAUUUGUUUUAAUUUAAAUUUAUACAAAUCUUUAAUUUUCAUUGAAAAUAAUAAAAUAUAUUAUAAAUUACAACAAAUGUUACAAUUUGUAUACAAAUAUUUUAUAAAAUAAAUCAUGAAAUUAUUUUUAAGAGUAUUCUUCAUUAAAAAAAACAAUACAGACCACAAAGUAGUAGAAAAGAAGCAAAAGAAAGAAAGAAGUUAAAAAGAAGCAAAUGUUAAAAAAAAAAAGGAGAUAUUUAAGAAUUUAUUUAUUUUUAAGCAGUGAAACUUGACAUUCACAAGUAUUUAGGAUAAGAUACAUCUGUAUAUACUGUGAGUUAAUGUAAUUUUGAACCAAUCGUGGUUCAUUAAAAUGAAAAUUACUUGAUAGAUGUGUAUUUUACAGAACAUGAAAGUUCUUGUCAACGGUGUAUGACUAUUGACUCUAUUGUAUUGAGUUUUACUUAAUAUAUAUUUUCAGCUUAGUUUUCAAAAUAUUUGUUACAUGCUAACUAAACAAUAUUUUGACUAAGUUAUUCCGAUAUAUGCUUUAUCAGUCCAAAAGUGUUAAAAACAUUAACUUCAUGAAUCAUUAUUUAGUUACUAUGAAACAAAACAAUAAUUAACACAUAAUUAUAUUUUAUAUUGUAAAAUACUUUAUAAAUAUCAGUCUUCAGACAUAGGUUGUGUCAAUAGGCAAUUGGAAAAUUGAUGGGUCGUAUACUUAUCAGUCAACAUGUACAUUCUGCUACAUUCAUGUACAAUGGCUAGUUUUAAACUUUCUUUUUUAUCAUAAUGUGCAUUGCAAAGCAAGAUAUGAGAUGAGCAAAGUCAACAAUAAUAAAUGUUUUAUAAUAGUAUAAUUAGGUAUCAACUUAUUUUAUAUUAAGAGUUGGUAUUUAAAUUUGUUCAAAAAUAAAAGUUAAUUAGUGUAAUUUUUAAAAUAUUUUCAAAGUAGUUCAGGUAACCAUGGUCUAUGACUUAUAAUUGAAUAUUUCAAUUACUAAUACACUAAUUGUUGCCUAUUUAUUAUACUAUGUAUUACCUUCAUGUUUAUUUCUAUUGUCUAUAGUAUUUACCCCAACAUGGGCUUGUUGAUAGUUAACCACUAGAUACAGUCAAGUCAUGAUAACUCGAUUUUUUUUUAUUCCCCUAGAAAUAUAAAUUAAUAUAAAUGCGAGGUAGAUAUCUCAAAGCAAAUUUUUAUCUCUCUUAAACUUCAAGUUUUUGCGACUCGGCGGCAUUUAUUUUUCCAAGCUGGCCAGAAAUCCCAAUCUGUUUUGUCUCUAGCAGAGGCAUACGGUGUUUUGGACUUUUAAUAAUAAUAUUGACAUAUUGUAGUGCAAACUUUUUUAGUCCUUCAUUGUAUAAAACAAGAUAUUAGACUCAAUUUUUUU